GUAACCACUAAUAGCAUCACAAUGGAGCUUUGCAACUCUGUGUUUGAUCUAAUGAAAGAACUGUUUGAUCUUCCAUUGGAAACAAAAAAGCAAAAGACCAGUGAUAAGCCUAACCAUGGUUACUUUGAACGAAAUCCAAAAGUCCCUUUGUAUGAAGCCAUUGGAAUCGACUUGGACGGCCCAUCGUAUGACAAAGCGGUUCAAAACUUCACCAACAUAAUGUGGCCGACAGGAUAUGAUCAUUUCUGUGAGACAAUCAAUCUGUAUGCCAAGUUGCUGAUAGAAAUGGACCAAACUGCUAAAAGAUUGCUCUUUGAUGGUUAUGAUUUGGACCAAAGUGGUUGUGAUUCCCUGCUUAAUUCAACCAAUUACAUGAUUCGGAGCUUCAAGUACCUUGUUCCUCAGAAGGCACAGAAUAAUUUAGGACUGAUUGCUCACACAGACAGUUCAUACUUCACCAUAUUACAUCAGAAUAACGUGGCAGGUUUGGAAGCUAAACUGAGAACUGGUGAAUGGGUCAAUAUUGAUCCCUUGCCCAGCAAGUUUUUGUUCUUGGCAGGUGAUGCAUUAAAGGUUUGGAGCAAUGACAGAAUACCACCUCUUGAACAUAAGGUGAUGAUGACAGAAGACAAGGAGAGGUACUCCAUUGGAUUAUUUUCAUAUAACAGUAAGAUGAUGGAAACAGAAGAAGGGCUAGUUGAUGAGGACCAUCCACUGCGAUACAAAGCAUUUAACCAUUAUGAAUACAUCAAGUUGCGUAACAAGUUUCCAACGCAGACGGAGCUUUUAAAUUUUAUCAUGCUGUGAUCAAGUUUUCCAGCACAGACGGAGU